AUGUCUCCAGAAAACUCUUUGCAGCAGACCGCUGAGAGAUCAGCCCUUGAACAAGCCUAUUAUCGGAAACUUGUGGACGGCUCUCAUAUUCUCCACUACCACAACGUCCUCGAUGCAUACGGCCAUCUCUCUUUCAGACACCCCUACAAGACCGGCGUGUUCGUCAUGUCACGUAGCGUUGCACCUGGGUCUAUCUCCGCGGCGGGUGACCUCAUCAGCUACAGAAUUGAGGACGCCGAGCCGCUCGAUCAGGGAGCGGCCAAGGGAUACGCUGAACGUAUGAUUCAUUCUGAGAUCUAUAAGAGACACCCCCAUGUCGGAGCUGUCGUGCACAGUCACUCAGAGGCCGUUGUUCCCUUCAGUAUAUCCCAAGUGCCAUUGAAAGCCUGUUACCAUAUGGCACCAUGGCUCGGGACUAGGAGCAAUGGCCCGGAUAGCGCGGCGCCACCAGUCUUCGAUGUGACUGAUUAUCUGCGUCCUAGUGAUGUGCCAGACAUGCUCGUCAAGUCACCUCAUUUGGGUCUGGCUUUGGCAAAAUGCUUUGACGGCGGUAAUGCCGUCACCUUGAUGCGCGGUCAUGGCAUGACAAUUGUAGCCCCGAACAUUGAGAGUGCAGUGCUUCGGGCCAUCUAUACACAGAAAAACGCCUCCAUCCAAACCACGGCUCUGCUGAUGCAAGCCGCUUAUUUCGGGAGUGGCACGACAACACGCGUUGCAAGGGAUAUUGGCGCUGCUGAGGUCAAUGCCACCACUACCGGUGAGGGGAUCGAUCUCCAUUAUCUUAGCGCGGAGGAGUCUGCUGCGGCCACGGAAGCGACGAUUUGGUCCGUUCAACGGCCCUGGGAUCUCUGGCGUAAGGAGGUAGAGGCGUGCGGAUUGUACUCGAACUCCAUAUAG